AUGUUUUAUGUUUCUUAUGUGGAAUUUAAGUGUUUAUCAUCUCGUCUACCGUUCCAUUUGUUUUUGUUUGGCCAUGAAAAGCAUAAUGCGGUACUGUUCUUCUGGUACACUAUAAUUUACAUAAUUAAGGGAUUUAUUAGCAGCUUCAAGGAUUCGACGAUGAAUAUACAGCGUAAAGUAAAAUAUGCAGCCGCAGAGGAAGCUCCUAAGAUAUAUGAACAGACUCAUUCAGUUGUAACGGAUGCUUUAUAUCAUUGUCCUCCACCACCGAAACCUCCGUUUGCUAUGGCGAAAAUUCGACGUGGACCAGUUACGCCUCCAAGUCCUGAUGAGAGUCAUUUGUUGGUAAAUAAUGAUACGCCAAAUCGACUAAAUGUCGGUGGAGAUGGGCACCUCGCAGCAAGUUCUGAUCGUGGUCUUCUAAUCGGGGUGGCAACUAUUUCAGCAAAUCAUCCAGUUUCUUCUGAAAGGCAUGGUCCAGUAAGGCGUGGUCCACAUACUCCACCAUAUCCUCCGAAGUCACCCGAUUCUCGAUCACCAUCACCAGUAGUCAGUGAAAAGCCAGUAAGUAUAAAAUCGGUCACCAAGCCAACAUCAACGAGAGAUCGAAAUGCAGUAAUUGUCUUACCUACAGUUAAUUUGUGUAAACCGAACUACUCCGGUAAUACAAGUCUUCGAGGAUAUCCUGGCAACAGUGGUAUGCCACAAAUGACUUGUUUUGGUUCCUUACCGGGUAUGCAUGUGCAGCCAUUUAUGAUGAUGCAGUCGGCCUCAACAUCAACAGCCCUGCCCCCAUACAUGAAUACACAGACGAGCAAUCAUACAACUGGAAUUUUUCAAACUUCUGCUUGGCCAGGAGAUUCUAGUUUUGGAGUUUGUCCUCCCUUCAAUUUUACUUCGUCAGUUCCGAACCCGAAGUUUUUUAGCGAGCGUACACUCGGUCCUGAAGUACUUAGUGUUCCUCCACCACCACCGCCUCCUCCACCACCAAAUGAUAUGCGACUGGUGUCACAGUCGAAUGUUUGCGUGAAGAACAGCUCCGAUUGUUCUGUUAAGAAUGAUCUGAAACCAGGGACUUCUUCUGUUACCAAACCGAAGGACAUACCGAUGGCUUUGGAUCCGAUAUUGCUUGAUCUCGCUGACUUAUCUCCAAAACCACAAGUUUCCAAAUCAGCAAAGCCUGUGCGCUUUCAAAACGAAAGAAAGAAAUUAUCUGUGUGCAGGGACUCAGUUGUUAAAGAAGCUCACGGUGCCUUCGACACAAAAAAUCGUGAACAGAAAUGUACUUUAAAAUUGGUUGGAGCUGAAAAAAAGGAAAGUGAUAAAAAGGCAAAAGAGGGGGUCAAGACGAUUAAAGUUUUAAAUCCAUCCGAAAAGAUUAAACGUGAAGAAUUAGAUGGUAUGGAAAAUAAGAAUCCGAAGCCAGUUGCUGAUGAUCCACAUGAAAUCAAACGAGCAACCAAUAAUUCUUUUAAAUCGAUAAGAAAUGAUAAGGAACUAAGUAAGAAUGCAUCGCGCAGUACUCUUUCAAAUGGUGACAGUGAUUCGGUAAUAAAAAUUAUGGACGAUGGAAAAAUAAUGAAAGGAGAUAAAAAUCAGAUAGAUCUUUCUGUUAUCAAAACUGGUGAAAUCCAACGAGCUGAACUGAAUUUAGAAAUUGAGAGACAAUUGGCUAUUGCUAAUUCGAAGGACGAAAAGCCAGAUCGAGAGCUUGAAGAAGUGCGAGAGGAGACAGUUAUGGAAAGGAUUGUCGUUGUUCCAGAGGAUGAUUUGAAUGGCGAUGAAUUGAUGUCAUCUACUGAUUCAGAAAGAAACCCCACGCCAGAUAAUACUCAGUUUUUCUCAAUUUCUGUGAUCUCAUCAAAUGAAAAUCAUGAAGAUGGAGUUGUUGAACUUGGACCACCAGCUUCUCCAAUACCUGGACUGUGUGGACGUGAAUAUUCAUCCCCAUCCACAAGUGGUUUCACCGAUUCUACACCAAGCAAUUCGUUCAAGCAGGCAUCCACGACUGAUGUUGUAGGUUGUUCAAAAACUCUACUGCGUGGCAGUAGAAGUGUACCACGGCAUAAAAAAAUUCAUGAUCAGCUGCCAAAGAUUUCUGAGAAGUUUCGAAAGUACAUUCAUGUCGUGACACAUCCAAAUGGUGGCGCUUCGAUGCUUAAGGCAGAUUGGUCGAAAAUUAAGGAACGCUUCAGUGGCUGUGAGCUGGAUGAGUUUACUAUGGAGUUUGUGACAUUUGGCUUGGCUGAAGUUGACAGCACGCCUAUCUUUGUAAUUGCUGUUAUUGAAAACGCUGCCGAAUAUCUUCAGAAUGGUUUGGAAUAUUUUGCCAAGAAAUUUCCCCAUAUGCCAGUAAAGAUUGGAUCACUCACCAGUAAACAAUGUGUUAGCACAACGACUGUUUCGGAAUAUUACAGUCAUGUCAUGGAAACUUGUCACCAUGGAACUUUUAGAUAUGGCCCAUUACACUCGCUGAGUCUGGUGGGAACGAGACAAGAAGAAUGUGGCAAUUAUUUCAAAGAACUAAUUGAAUGGUUGGAAAUGUUUCCUAUGCUUAAACUUCUAAUGCCCUGGGGUGAAUGGUCUGGAGCAGAUCUUGAAAGUCCUUCGGAUAGUGAUGAUGGGCCCAUUUUUUGGGUACGUCCAGGCGAACAGAUGAUAAGGACUGAUGAGAUGAAGGAAGAUUUGUCAUCCAAAAUUCGAAAGCGAAGUACAUCAGUUCGACCACAUGUACCAUCCUACAGGUACCGAGAACCACGUGAGUUCUUUUUCGAAGAUCGGACACCGUGUCAUGCAGAUCAUGUAGGUGAUGGAUUAGAAAGGCGUACAACUGCUGCAGUUGGUGUACUUCAAUCAAUCUAUGGACCAACAGAAAAGAAGAAGAGUAAAAUAGGAAGAAGAGCAGUAAAAGAUGUCGUUUGUUUCCAUGCAAGUGACUUUGAAAGAAUUGUUGACGAGUUACAGUUGGACCUUUAUGAACCUCCGAUGUCACAGUGUGUACAAUGGGUUGAAGAGGCAAAACUAAAUCAAUUAAGAAGGGAAGGAGUUCGUUAUUCACGAUUUUUGUUGCAUGAUAAUGAUGCUUACUUUCUGCCUCGGAAAAUAAUCCAUCAAUUUCGAACUAUAAGUGCUUGCGCUUCAAUUGCCUGGCAUGUGCGUCUUAAGCAAUAUUACAACGACAGUGCGGAAAUGGAAGCAGAUGAAAAUGAAGAGACUAUAAAAAAAGUGGAUGUGGAAGGGGAUGAAAGUGGAAGUCGUCGAAAACGGAACAAAGAUGACACUAAAAAGUGUGGAAGGUGGAAGGGAAAAGAUCGUGUGAAAAAAGCGAAGCGUUCGGAUGAUUGUGAACCAGAAUCUUCCAAAUGA